AUGGCUUCGUCCUCUAAUCGAAACAUCAUCUCCAAGAACAAAACUCCCAUCGCCGUCGCCGCCGCCCUAGUAUCAGCUGCUGCAGUAAUCACUUCCAUCUACCGUUCAGUAACCACCUCCAAGAUGUCUCACAACCUCCACCCCAGCCUCAAGAACGGCAUCACCAAGGGUUCUCCCAACUUCUCUGGUGGCAAGCUUCGCUGCAAGUGCUCCUCCAACCCUGUCGAGGUAACCCUCAGCGGUCAGGUCGCUCACAACCACGCCUGCGGAUGCUCCAAGUGCUGGAAGCCCGAGGGUGCUCUCUUCUCCGUCGUCGCUGUCAUCCCCCGCGACCAGCUCCAGGUCACUGCCAACGGUGACAAGCUCACUAUUGUUGACAAGAGCGCUGCUAUUCAGCGAAACGCCUGCCGUGACUGCGGUGUCCACCUGUUUGGUCGCAUUGAGAACGAUCACCCCUUCAAGGGUCUCGACUUUGUCCACGUUGAGCUCUCUGAUGAAAAGGGCUGGCAAGAGCCUCAGUUCGCCGCCUUUGUCUCUUCCAUUAUCGAGCAGGGCUUCCCUGCCGAUAAGGCCAACGAGGUUCGUCAGCAGUUCAAGGAUCUUGGCCUCGAGUCCUAUGAUGCUCUGUCUCCCCCUCUGAUGGACGCCAUCGCCUCUUGGACCGCCGCCAAGUCCAAGAUCUAA